AUGGAAGAUGACACCAAGGAACGUGAAGACGAAGGCCAUCAAGAAAUUCCCAAGAUCAUCCUCAAAGAAGGAAGUGCUACAAUGUUUAGGAAUGAUUGGUACGAACAACAAAGAGCUAGUUUCGCACCAGAGUUUGAAGAUGAGGAAAUUCCCCAAGUACAUUUUUCUGAUUCAGGCAAUGAAUUAAUGUCUGAUGUAACAUCAGAAGGAGAUGCAUUGCUCUCACAUCAAGAUUUCGCUGCCCCUGAAACCCCACCCUAUCUGAGAGAACGUGAGGAGAUUGAACGAUGGGAAAUGAGCUUUCAGCAAAGUCUCUUCAAACAUGAGGUUUUCAAUGAGAGACUGUUGAUGAACGUAAGUGACAAUCUAGAACAUCCCGAGGAGCCAGAGAAUCAGAGAUCAGCUGGCCAACGCAAACAUACUCCCAUUUUUGUGGUAGACACCAAUUUCCCCGACAGUUGGGUUGCACCACGAGAAGUGCAUUCUGGGAUACCUUCUCCCCAAAAUCAGCUUGAAGUACGUGAAAGCCUACUGGAUUUUGAAAACCAGGAACCAACAUCUACGACUGGCUGGAACACAGACAGUGAACUGAAGUCACCAGAAAAGAAACCAUUGUAUUUAAUAGACACGGGCUUGCCUGAGACAUGGACCAAACCGUUAGAGAUAAAGAACAUCAAGGAUCUGGAGGGAAUUGGAUCUUUGGCACAAAGAAAAUUACUGCUGGGAGACAGAAAGGUGCAAGAGCUUGUGAAUAUUGUCACUGUCCCAGCACAUUGCAGUCAGUUGCCCUUGAUUGUCAUACGAAAGGGCUCAGAAGAGAUUUACCAGGAUGUUGCCAGAUGGCUGCUGCCCAGACAUUGA